AAUUGCUCCUUCAACUCCACGGGGCAGGAGUUAGUUAGCAAAGAGCUGGGGCUGGGCGCGCGACCCUCGUCCUUCUGCCCCUGACCGCACACUUUGCACACAUCUCUUUUCUGCAUGGUGGAUAUUAUUUUUCAUUAUCCUUUUCUGGGUGCUAUGGGGGAUCAUUCCAAGAAGAAGCCCGGGACGGCCAUGUGCGUGGGCUGCGGCAGUCAGAUCCACGACCAGUUCAUCCUCCGGGUGUCCCCCGACCUCGAGUGGCACGCCGCCUGCCUCAAGUGCGCCGAGUGCAGCCAGUACCUGGACGAGACGUGCACGUGCUUCGUGAGAGACGGGAAGACCUACUGCAAGCGGGACUAUGUCAGGCUGUUCGGCAUCAAGUGCGCCAAGUGCCAGGUGGGCUUCAGCAGCAGCGAUCUGGUGAUGCGGGCGCGGGACACUGUGUACCACAUCGAGUGCUUCCGCUGCUCCGUGUGCAGCCGCCAGCUGCUGCCCGGGGAUGAGUUCUCGCUGCGGGAGCACGAGCUGCUCUGCCGCGCAGACCAUGGCCUCCUGCUCGAGCGCGCCGCCGCCGGCAGCCCGCGCAGCCCUGGUCCGCUUCCGGGUGCCCGCGGCCUGCAUCUGCCAGAUCCCGGGCCGGGCCGGCAGCCCUCGCUGCGCCCCCACGUGCACAAGCAGACGGAGAAGACGACCCGCGUGCGGACCGUGCUCAACGAGAAGCAGCUGCACACGCUGCGGACGUGCUACGCGGCCAACCCGAGGCCGGACGCGCUCAUGAAGGAGCAGCUGGUGGAGAUGACGGGCCUGAGUCCGCGGGUCAUCCGAGUCUGGUUCCAGAACAAGCGCUGCAAGGACAAGAAGAAGUCCAUUCUCAUGAAGCAGCUUCAGCAGCAGCACAGCGACAAGGCGAGCCUCCAGGGACUGACCGGUACGCCCCUGGUGGCGGGCAGCCCCAUCCGUCACGAGAGCGCCGUGCAGGGCAGCGCAGUCGAGGUGCAGACCUACCAGCCGCCGUGGAAAGCGCUCAGCGAGUUCGCUCUCCAGAGUGACCUGGACCAACCCGCCUUCCAGCAGCUGGUGUCCUUCUCCGAGUCUGGCUCCCUCGGCAACUCCUCGGGCAGCGACGCGACCUCGCUGUCCUCGCAGCUCCCGGACACCCCCAGCAGCAUGGUGCCGAGUCCCGUGGAGACGUGAGGGGGGCCCCCCGCCCAGCCCGCGGACCUCGCAUGCUCCCUGCAUGAGACUCACCCAGGCUCGAGCCGUUCAGCGCUGGAAACUCUUCUCGUCUUUGUAAUUGUUAUUUAACGAGGGAGGACCGAGAGAAGCGGCCGGCACAGCCCAGAGCGCCGGGACGCGACCUGCCUCCGCCAGACCGGAGGGCCCUGCUCCGAGGACUGUUAUUUUUUCAAAACCAGAAUUUGGGAUCUACUAGCGUUAGGUCUGCGCUCCCAUCCCCCUCGCUCGCCGGGGCCUCUGCCCCUCCGCCCGCGCCUGCCGGGCCCCGCGCUCCCAGGCCGCUCUGCCAGGGCGCCGGCGGGGCAGAGCGCGGGGCAACCCGAAGGAACAGACACUCACCCCCCAAAGCGCAUGAUUGCCGAAAAAAAACUGAAAUGAGACUUUUCUUUAAACUGUUGUAAGUUAUCGGUCGACGGAGGACAGAGGGUGUGAACCUUUGCCGAACAAAACGUAAGUUAUUGUUAUUUAUUGUGAGAACAGCCAGUUGAUAGUGGGACUAAUAUUUUGAUCUUAAUAAAAAAGAAAAAAU